UCCAAAAGAAACCUUCUUUAUCUCUCUCAAUUCCUUUGGUGGAUUUCUCUUGGCGUGGCGGUGUUGUCUUUCUGAACUAUCCCAUCUUCUUCACAGAUUCAUUAUCUUGUCGAUCUUCACCUAUCUGCAAUCAUGAGUGACGAGGGAGAAAAGACCUGUCCCCUUUGUGCGGAAGAGAUGGAUAUUACUGAUCAGCAACUGAAGCCUUGCAAAUGUGGUUAUGAGAUAUGUGUUUGGUGUUGGCAUAACAUAAUGAAUAUGGCUGAGAAGGAUAGUACAGAGGGGAGGUGUCCAGCAUGUCGUAGCACUUAUGAUAAAGACAGGAUAGUAGGGAUGACUACUAAUUGUGAGAGGUUGGUUGCUGAAGUUAAUAUGGAAAGAAAAACAAAGUUGCAGAAAGCAAAAACUAAAUCAUCUGAAGCAAGGAAGCACCUGAGUAGUGUGCGAGUUAUUCAAAGGAAUCUUGUUUACAUUGUGGGGUUGCCACUUAAUCUGGCAGAUGAGGAGCUUCUCCAACGUAGAGAUUAUUUUGGUCAAUACGGUGAAGUUCUUAAAGUAUCUAUGUCUCGGACUGCAGCUGGUGUCAUUCAGCAAUUUCCAAACAAUACAUGUAGUGUAUAUAUUACGUACUCAAAAGAAGAGGAAGCGAUUCGUUGUAUCCAGUCUGUACAUGGAUUUAACUUGGACGGUAGAUCAUUAAAGGCAUGCUUUGGUACAACUAAGUAUUGUCAUGCAUGGUUGAGAAAUGUGCCUUGCACCAAUCCUGAUUGUCUAUAUUUGCAUGAGAUUGGUCCUCAAGAGGAUAGUUUCUCAAAAGAUGAAAUUAUAUCAGCCUACACAAGUAGGGUUCAUCAAGUAACUGGUGCAACAAACUAUAUGCAACGGCGUUCUGGAAAUAUGUUACCUCCACCAGUGGAUGAUUAUUUCCCCAAUAGUUCUGCUUCUGCAGCAAAACCAAUUGCAAGUGCUCCAAAUAACGCAACAGUGACUGUUCCUAAAAGUUCUCCAAAUGGAAGCUCUGGUAGAUCUAUUGCUCUCCCUGCUGGAGCAUCAUGGGGGAUGCGUGCUUCAAACCAACCACAACUGGCUAGUUUAGCAUGUUCAAAUGGACCUGUUAAACAGAAUUCCGAUACAGUCAGCAGUGCAUUACAAUUUUCAUCUGCUGUAACAAACACCAAUCAAGCUGGCUCAUUACAUGCUGAUGUUGUAAAAAAGCCAUUUGAGGAGAUUCAUGCUAUGCAUAUAAAGGGUAAACCUGAUUUGUUAAAACCUUCAAAGCAGAAUUCUGGUUUAGAUUGUCAAACUACUGCACUAGACAAACCUUCUUCAUCCAAUGGAGUAACUGCUUCUAAAUCAUUGAUUGGUCAGUUAUCUCCUAAACCAUCAUCCAAUCAUGAUCACCAGGGCACUAAUAUGCCAUCAACUAUUACAAACUCCUUUGAUCAUGGUGGCCAGACUUCUGUUUCCUCUGGUGAGAAAGUGGGGAGUAUUUCCUCUGCUGAUGGGAACACACAGAGGUUGUGCUCUGAUAUGUCAACAUUGACCUUAGAUAGGAAUGUCUUGAAUGGACAUUCUGAGGAAGUUAGACCAAGCAGUUCAGCUUCUGAAUAUGGAUCUAGCAGUUCACCUAGCAGUCAGGGGUUACAACAAUGUUAUACUGAUUACUAUCGAGAACCAUUAAGUUCAGCAACUGCUGGGAGAUCUGUGACCUCUCCCGAUGGGGUUUGCAUUUCAAAAGAGCAGCCUCUCUGGGAAAUCAAUUCACAUACUCGAGCUGUGGAAUGUAUAAAUUCUGAAGUUGAGGAAGAUAUACUAUCAUUUGAUAAUCAGAGACUCAAGGAUCCAGAAGUGAUUAGUCGUUCAAGUUAUAUGCCAAAUUCACCAAUCCCACUCCAUUUGUCAGAUCAUACUAGGUCUCAUUCUUUGCAGCAUGGUGAUGCUUUUGGUCCUGUUAAUUUGAAUUCUGACACUCGCGCUGUAGAUAAUAAAGCUCAUGGCAGUUCAUGUUUUCAUGGAGCUAAUGUUUCUUCUUGGUCCAAUGGAUACCUUGACAAGUACAUAAGCAGUAGUAUUGGUUCUGAUAUUACCAAAGAACGCCAUCCUCUGCUUUCAAAUGAAGAGAAAGGGAAGCAGUUGGGAAGAUUCCUUAUUAAUGCUGAGAGCAAUGCUACUAAUGAUACAGGGGAGAGCAAUAUAAUUUCGAACAUAUUGUCACUUGAUUUUGAUACAUGGGAUGAGUCUCUAACUUCUCCACAGAACUUGGUGAAAUUGUUGGGAGACAGUGAGAAGCAGCAGCCCAAUACUCUCAAACUAUCUAGUUCAUGGAAAACACUGAAUAAUAAUCAGUCCCGUUUCUCAUUUGCGAGACAGGAGGAUUCUAAAAAUUUUCCAGCUGAUGUUGAAUCCUCCUCUGGUGGUUUUGGGCAAAUGCCACAGAACCGACCCAGCCAAGGUUUUGCAGACAGCAGGGAUUCAUAUCUAUGCAAGUUUGGAGUUUCUGAUGGUUUAGCUUCCUGUAACUUUGAGGAAUCUGACAAUUUUUCCAGCAGUCCAUCAAUUUUCUCCAAUAAACUUUCUGCUUCAAGGGCUCAAAUUUCAGCCCCACCAGGAUUCUCUGUUCGUAGCAGGGCACCGACUCCAGGCUUUUCUUCAAUUGAGAGAGUAAACCAUGGUUUUGAUCCCACAUCUGGAAAUCAUUUGAUGGACACUUCAUCCCCAUUAAGAUUUUCUUAUCAGGCUCCUCAAAGUGGUUGUAUUAAUGGCCCGGGGGAUAUAGAAUUUAUAGAUCCAGCAAUUUUGGCAGUUGGUAAGGGUAGAAUUCAGGGAGGGCUCAACAAUCCAGGUUUAGACAUCAGAUCUAAUUUUGCUCAACAGUUGGGUACCAAUGAAAACGAGGCCAGAUUCCAACUACUGAUGCAGAGUUCUCUUUCUCCUCAUCAGAACCUAAGAUACGAUGUUGGGGAUAGCUUUUCUUCUCUGAAUGAUUCUUAUGCAAUUUCUUCGAGGCUCAUGGAUCAAUCACAAGUAAACAAUAUGUCCCCAUUCGCACAGUUGAGUCUCCAACAGUCGAGAAACACACAUAACAUGUCAAGUGGUCAUUGGGAUGGAUGGAAUGAGGUACAGGGUGGAAACGGUCUUGGUGUGGCGGAGCUCCUAAGAAAUGAAAGACUGGGAUUUAACAAGUUCUAUUCCGGGUAUGAAGAUUCAAAGUACAGGAUGCCCACUUUAGGUGAUCUGUACAGCAGAACAUUUGGGAUGUGAUUGCUCUCUGGAACCAUGUAGUUGUUUCAUUGCCAAUAUUGCUAUAUUGGUUUGCACCUUGACGAUGGGCAUGUUGACUUGUAUGCGGUAUUCUUGGCCUUGGGGGCAUCCUCAUGAAGGAAAGAUAUUCUGA